AAAGCCGUGCGCUGCAGGGGGACUCUUUGGAGAGAGAUGCUUCGCCCCCGCUGAGCUGCCGUCCGCGUUCCUCGCGGGUAUCCAGCCAUUCCGACGAGACACGUUUUCUGGCUUUGGUAGCCAAGGUCCUGCGCCAGCUUGCAGCAGUCCAAAGGGCAUCCUCUCCGGGGUGGAGAGGUGAUGCUGUCGGCUCCUGGGCAGCCCAGAUCCCGCCGAAGCGCCGCCUCUCGCCCUCCGCACCUGCUUGGCUGCAUUCCUGGCACGGCUGUCUACCUGCCAAAGCAACGUCGGGAAAGUGGCCCCGGGCAAGGCGGAGCGGAGCGCAGAGACCCCCGCAGGGGAAGGGGGAUCGGUCGGCGCUCGGUCGGUCGGUUGCUGGGUUUCCUCCUGUGCGUAACGCGGAGUGCCUCGGAGAAUGUUGCCCUUCACCGACUGGAUCCUGGAGAAGCUGGCUCUCGAGAAGACCCUGUUCCGGACCAUGGCUGUCUCCAGCCUCGGGCUUUUGCUGCUGGCUUUGCUCUUCCGUUCGCUUACAGAUGCCUUUGGCAUGUGCCACCGCUUUUAUGUUAACUGCCAGAGAUUGCGUUGCUUCCCAGAGCCCCCGCGUCGCAACUGGCUCCUAGGACACCUCAACCUGGUUUUGCCCCGUGAUGAGGGUUUGGCCAAAGUCUCCGAGCUGGUAGCCACCUACUCCCAGGGAUUUGUGACGUGGAUGGGGCCCUUCAUACCGCUUAUUUCCUUGGUUCAUCCUGAUUAUAUCAAGCCAGUUGCAACAGCCUCAGCUGCUGUUGCUCCUAAAGACAAACUCUUCUACGGCUUCUUGAAGCCUUGGCUUGGCGAUGGACUACUUCUGAGCGGUGGGAAGAAGUGGGGACGACAUCGGCGGAUGCUCACCCCGGCUUUUCAUUUUGACAUCCUGAAGCCUUACAUGAAAUUCUUCAACCAGAGCACGGACAUCAUGCACGCCAAGUGGCGCAAGAUGACCUCGGCAGGCCCGGCCUCCAUUGACAUGUUUGAGCAGAUCAGCCUCAUGACUUUGGACAGCUUGCAGAAAUGUGUCUUCAGCUACGACAGCAACUGCCAAGAGAAAUCAAGUGACUACAUCGCUGCCAUCUUGGAACUCAGCAAUCUUGUCGUGCUGCGGCAGCAUGCCCUGAUCCACCAUUUUGACUGGCUCUACUAUCUAUCGACGAACGGCCGCCGCUUCCGCCGUGCGUGUGACACUGUGCACCGCUUCACAGCCAAUGUGAUUCAGGAGCGACGGAGGGCACAUAGCCGCUUGGGAGAUGAUGCCUGGCUCAAAUCCAAGCAAGGCAAAACCGUGGACUUCAUUGAUGUUCUUUUGCUGGCAAAGGAUGAAGAGGGUCGCCACUUGUCUGAUGCUGACAUUGCAGCUGAAGCUGACACCUUCAUGUUUGAAGGCCACGACACUACAGCAAGCGGCUUGUCCUGGGUUCUGUACAACCUGGCUCGACAUCCCAACUACCAAGACCAGUGCCGGGAAGAGAUUCAGAACCUACUGCGAGGCCGGGAGACAGAGGAGAUUGAAUGGGAAGACCUGUCCCAGAUGCCUUUCACCACCAUGUGCAUUAAAGAGAGCUUGCGCCUCCACCCGCCAGUCACGGCCAUUUCCCGCCGCUGCACCGAGGAUGUGAAACUUCCUGAUGGAAAGAUCAUCCCCAAAGGGAACAUCUGCCUGGUCAGUAUCUUUGGAACCCAUCACAACCCUGCCGUCUGGCCAGAGCCUGAGGUCUAUAACCCACACCGCUUUGAACCGAAGGCCUUGCAGAACCAGUCGCCGCUGGCCUUCGUGCCCUUUUCAGCGGGACCCAGGAACUGCAUCGGGCAGAACUUUGCUAUGUCGGAGCUGAAGGUGGCCCUGGCCUUGACCCUGCUGAGGUUUGUGGUGAGGCUGGAUGAGAGCCAAGCCGUGCGCCGUUUGCCAGCAUUAAUUCUACGGGCAGAAAAUGGACUGUGGCUACAGGUGGAGCCAGUGCGUACCCAGCAAUGAUCGGAGAGAUGCAGAAGAUUGGAAGUCUCUGUUCCAGAGUUUCAGCCUGCACUGUAAUGCGCAAAGAGAUUCAAGGUGGCCAGAGAGCCCUCUGCCUCAAACAACACGGAAGGCACGACUCAAUUGUCUUUGCCUCUGAGCCCUCGUUUCUGUCUCCGUGAAGGCGCUAGCAAUAGUUUUGUGCUACAUUAAAGAUGAAGUGUCUUGACCAUAAAAUGCAGUUUUGAUUUUGCUGUAGAUCCCUGACAGAUAAUGGCAUGCAUAGAAGAUCCGCCAUCUCCCUAGCAGUUUGCUGCACAACUCUGGCCAUAGGGCCUGUCUGGUAUCAAUAAGAGAAUCUACUUCCUGAGUUGUAAAGGAGCACAUCUGAAGGCAGGCAUUGCAAACAAACUUUGGCUUCAGUUGGAAGAGGCUCCCUUGUUUACACUUCAUGUUGGUUGAGUGCUCCCCUUGGUCCUGAUCAUGAGAAGACCAGGGCCUGCAACCUUUGGAUGAGAGAGUGCUAAAAAAAAUAGUAUAAUCGCUUUGCUUCUUGAAAAAUUUGCAUGCUCCUUCUCUUUCCAUGUAAAAUAUAUAUUUUAAUUGAUACUUAUCAAAAGAAACAUAACAUUCAUGCCCAUUACAAGUAUCUUUUUCUAAUACACCAGAAUAAA